AUGUCUGAGAAACCAGAUAUGGCUGAGAUUCAAAAAUCCCAUAAGUCUAAAUUGAAGAAGACAGAAACACGAAAGAAAAAUCCAGUGCCUUCAAAAGUAGAACAGGAAAAGGAAGCGGGUAUAAUGAUUUCAUAA